AUGUCGCAAUCAGCUCCUUCAGAUCCCGCCCUCACAGCUUCUUACUCCUCGCCUGCCAGCGCCCCCUUCAGCAUCACCAAGUCCAUCACCGCGCCGCCUACUCCCCUCGACCCGGCCGGAAAAUCCAAGUACCUUGAAUCGCUACGUGCUUCCGUUGCUGCAGCUCAAGAUCAGAUCAACAAAGAGCUCACGACGCGUAUGGAGGAAGACAAAGCUCGUGAGGGAGCCGCAGCUGUGGAUGAGGAGAAAGAAGAAGAAAACUACGGCGAGGAGGUUCAAGAAGAGGAGGAUUAA